UUUUUAACAGCGUUAUCAAGUCGUUAGGGUGCGUGAGGCGGAGGAGCAAGUGCAGGGGAUCCAUCGGUGGGAGACCCUUAGAACCUAGCUAAGAUGGAAGAGGAGGUGAGGAUGCUUCUCCAGGACGCUUUUGGCGAAUUAUCAGAUGGCGAAGGCGGCGAGGAAGCACAAGAACGGAAGUCCCAAGAUUUGAACAAGCUCUCGAUUUUUGGUGAAAUCCAAAACUGGGAAAGAAUUGAGCAAAUUAAGGGCUUAUGGUUAUGCAGGGACUUCCUAUCUCCCGAUCAACAAUCUUCGCUGCUCUCCGCAAUCCAAAAAGAAGGAUGGUUGAGUGAAUUCUCUGGAAAUCAGGCCAUGAGAUUUGGAAAUCUUCCCCAAUGGGCCAUUGAACUUUCCAACUCCAUUAAGGAGGCUGUUUUCGUCGGUCAUUAUCUCUCUGAAUCCAUGAACUUACCAACUCAUGACAAAGGUAAAGAGGCCUACCCCCUUCCACCAGAAUUGUUGUGGAGGGAACCGCUAUUUGAUCAACUUAUUGUGAACACAUACCAACCAGGUGAGGGAAUUUGUGCGCAUGUUGAUCUGAUGCGCUUUGAAGAUGGAAUUGCCAUUCUUUCUUUGGAAUCAUCCUGUGUCAUGCACUUUAGUCUAGUUGAGGAUGAGUUAUCUGAUUAUAGAGAGGAGAAGGCGGGCAAAAAUAGUUCUUCUGCAAAGAUCCCUGUGCUUUUAACCGAAGGAUCGUUGGUCCUAAUGUGGGGAGAAGCACGCUACUUUUGGAAGCAUGAGAUUAAUAGGAAGCCUGGUUUUCAGAAGUGGAUGGGGCAAGAAAUUGAUCAAAGAAAGCGAACCUCUAUUACAUUGAGGAAGCUUUGCUAAACUACACCAUAUUCCGUGGUAUAUCUCAGCUCCACAUCUAAUUUUCAGCAGCUCGAUUCUACGUUGCUGU